UUUCUCAGAAACUCGAAUUCAGAUUCACUGAAAAUUAGGGUUCGACUUUGUAGAAAUAAUUUUUUAAACUGUUCAGCUUCGCAGAAUGAGAUUAAACUUUGAUUAAAAAUGAUGUUAAACUGUGAAUAUCUUUGCGAUUUUUGCUUUUUGUGAUUUUUAGUAAUGUCGAUUUGCUAGAGCACCAAAGCUAGGGGCGGUGGUUCUUAUCAAAGGAUGCUAUAGAGCAUGACCUAAAAUGAUGGGACUCUGCAAUUGGAAGUUUUACAUUAGUUCAGAUGGACGCUGCGGCCAUAUCACAUAUCUAGUAAACUGUUUGUCCCGGAUCAUAUUGAUAAACCGGAUUGUGCUGAUGAUGGAAUUCCCAAAAUUAAGCCCAAUAGUGACCUGCAGCAUACUGUUGAGGUGGGUAAUUAAUAUUUAAUGACAUACUCAUAGCCUAGGUUAUGGUAUGGUGGGCUUGUCGGAAUUAGAGGAGUUACUGCUUCUUCAAUGGUAUCCGAAAAUCAAAAAUUAGCAACUUGUUCUGUUUCGGGAGAUAGCAAUGGUGACUCUAUUGAGACUGAUGUACCUUUCCUAUUGAUUACUCUGAGCUUAUGGAAAGAGAAGAAAGACAAUAACACGUACCAAGGAACCACAUGGCAAAUUAAUUUCAAUCUUGAUUAUGUAAAUACCAAUGGAAACUACAAAUUGCGAGUGGCUUUGGCAUCUGUACAUUCUGUUGAGCUACAGGUACCCCAACCAGAGUCAUCGCGCCAAAGGAGCUCAACAUCAACUAACCGCAAAGUAGAAAUCUUCAUCCCACGAAACACUUUACCUAAUCCAAAAUCUUCACUCUUCAAUCAUGUGUGAUUGAGCCUAGUCC